AUGUCCGGGGAAGAUGAAUUAUCUAAGGAAGAGAAAAUCGGAAUGAUCUGCGGAUUGCUACGUCAGGCCCCUCCGAAUGAAUUCCAUCACAUCUUUGAAGAUCUCCGCAUUCUGGUUAUGGAUGAUCAGUUGAUGAGGACUGAGGCCGCUCAGGAGUGUGCUUUUCACAACAAGAAGAACUUUAAAGCGGUGAAAUUGCUAGGUGGACAUUCUCUGCUGACUCACUUCAAUGAUCUCAGAGGGAAUCGCUUCUUUGAUCCGCAGAGCGCCUUUUCAUUCAGACACGACCACCUGAGUGGAAAAACGGAUAAAUUUUUGCUUCAAGGCUCCCUAGGAGAUGACGCAGAGCUAUGGAGAUCGACCCUUAAUGUUGUUUUAAAGACGUACAUGAAUAAUCAUUUCCCCUCCGGAACUUGCUGUGUUUUUAGAAAAGAGCUCAAGAGCAGCCCUUAUUUUGUGGUCUGCAUCGAAGCUCAUCAGUAUGAACGUUCAGCGUUCAAUGGCAUCUGGACUUCAGAGUGGACCUUUGCCUUCACCCCACCUAGUACGGAGGUCACGGGGAACUAUCAUAUGCAGAUACACUAUUUCAAGAAAGCCAACUGGCACUUGACUGUCCACAAAACCGUGGAGAGAUCCAUGCCCUUAAUUAACCGCGUCCAGUUUGCCAUGGAAUUCCCACAAUUCAUUGAGGCCGAAGACAAUGUCUUUCAGCUCAGUUUAGAGGAAAACCUCCGGGAACUGUCAGUGGAUCUAUGGAAAACAUUACGGAGGAGGAUUCCUAUCACUCGGACAGUCAUCAGCUGGGAUGAACUGCUGAAAAGUGAGAGCGACACGGUGAAAACGACUGGAAGCGCUGUAUCGUUAAGCAUGCUGAAGGGUCUUGAAUGA